AUGAAAAAUUUUUUGUGUGAAAUCUGUGAAAUUUGUAAUAGAGAUAUUUUAUUUUCAAAUGUAAUUGAAAAUUCAAGGAACUUCGACUUUCCAACGAAAACAAUCUACUUGCAAAAGAAUUGGGUCUGCUUUCAAUGUGGCAAACGUUAUCUAUGGCGAGGUUCAUUGAAGAAUCACAUGCGCGUCGAAUGCGGCAAGGAACCAACUUUCAAGUGUCCUGUAUGCGGAAGAAAAUUCAAACACAAGCAUCGCUGGCAGUCGCACGCUAAAUGCGUGCAUCACAUCGAUCUGUUGCCGAAGCUGCUGAAGGUGAGGAGGAUGAUUAAUCUACCGCAAAAGAAGAAAUCUGUCAUCCAUAAAUGUACGAGAUGCGGGAAGAGUUAUCAAUUGUAUACAUCCCUAAGAAGACACUUAAGGCUAGAGUGCGGCGUCGAACCAAAAGAGACAUGUCCGAUUUGUGGAAAAAAAUUCACGCACAGAUUCAAACUAACGAGUCAUCUCUCAUCGUGUGGUCGAAAAAGAGGAUUUACGUGAACCGAGAGAAAAAAAGAAGAAAGAAAAAGAAAAAAAAGAAAAAAGAAGAAGGGCAGAAAGAAAAAAGAAAAGAAGAAAAAUUAUUUCUUUUAACUCCAACACUCGUAAUAUUAUUUAUCUCUCUGUUAUGGCAAAAUAACGAGGAUAAAUAUUAGAUUAUGUUUAUAGUUUUGAAGAAAAAACUUCGAACGCACAAUUUAUUUACUUUUGUUGAUUUUUACUAGUUCAUGACCAAAGAGACAUCGUCGUAAAGAGAAAACACGAAAGAACUAUAAGAUAUCGUAUUAUGGGGUACCCUUAAGCCAUCGAGAUAUCUAUUUUAAUAAAUAAAUUAGCCAUCAGUUAAGUUCGAUUUAAAUCUCUCGGACUUGUGAUAACGUGUUACGUAUAUUGUAAAGCAUUUUUUGUGAAUUUAUUGUUUUCAACAAAGAAAAAGAAAAAGAAAGAAAAACAAAAAAUAGUUUUCUAUUAUCCCAAAACACAAAAUGACGGAUUACGAAUCUUCGGAAGAAAACACAUGCAACAUAUAAUUUUGUCGAUAUUUCGAAAUCGAGGAAACCAACAGGAAGAUCGCAACGAGAAAACAUUCGUGGGUUUCUAUAGGGACGUGAUCGAGUUUACAAGUGCCAACAAAGUUGAUUAAGAAAAUUUCCUUUAGUGAUGAUUUAAACAUACUCGAUGAUAGUGUUCGAAUUGUGAGCGACCUUUUUAACUCGACGACGGUGCUUUAUUAAAAUCAUUACUUGAGGAAUUGGAUUCAAGAUUAACGUGCAAGAAAUAACUGACAUACAUCGGGACCAAACAGUCGACGAUGAGAUAUCGAAAAAAUAUUGGAUUCCACAUUAAUUGUCGAAUUGAAACAAAAAUAAAUAAGAAAAGCAACGAAUGAUGAAUUCGGCAUAAUUUUCAUAGACCGGACAACGAAAUAAUCCAUUUCUUAGAAGAUUCGUCCAACGGAGCAUCUAAUGGCAAAGCAAUCGACUAUACCAACUGUCUAAACCUAGAUCAGACAUUGAUAAUAGUGAUAAUGAAAGUUCGAUGGGACUGCACUACGAUAAUUUAUUUUGAGUCGCUCAAAAUCAUGUGAAACAAUUACCGCGCUCAUGUUUGUUUCCAGCAAUCAAGAUCGUAUCUCUUCCAUCAUAGCCCGCCAGUACAUUUUUAUAAAAGAGGAAUUGAAAAUUUACAAAAGAAAGAUAAGUAUUAGCGAAAGAUUGUGUGGAUAAUGAUCGCGAAUAUGUAUAUGAACUGAUUAGAAAAUAAGAAUAAAACAGAGAAAUGAAAUUGGACUUGUGUGGAUGCGUGCGUGCAUGUGUGUGUGUAUGUUUAACAUUGAAAUCAUUGAUUAUACUUAUGGGUACCCAUAAUAUAAAAUAUAUCUUUGUGUACGCUUAUUAGGAAAAAAUAAAUUUAAAUUUAUAAGAAAAACAAAAUAUACAAUGUACAUACAUAUAUAUAAAAGAGACAAUGUGGCACUAUAACUUACUUAUACAUAUCUAUAUGUGCAUAUGUAUGUAUAUAUAUAUAUAUAUAUAUAUAUAUAUAUAUAUAUAUAUAGACACACACACACAUACACAUAUCUGUCUAUCUCUCUCUUUUUCUAUCUCUCUAUAUCUCUCUCUGUCUCUCUCUCUCUCUCUCUUUCUCUUUGAAAAUUGCUUGCGAUAACGCACGAAUCACAAAAGUCUCUCUUAUCAGCGAAUAACACAAAGCGUCUAUAAAAACAAUAAAAAAGCAAUGUAUAUGUACCUAUCAUUUGUAACAACAAUUGCAAUUGCACUUAAAAGGAUAUGAAAUAAUCUCUGUGCUUGCCUGCGAAGCCACUUUCUCUCUCUCUAUUUCUCUCUCUCUCUCUCUCUCUCUCUCUCUCUCUCUCUCUCUCUCUCUCUCUCUC